UUCCGGGACUGAGGGCACCGUGGGAUCGUGGGGGCGUAUGGGAACUGUCGUAUAACAUCGUACGCCCACUGGGCCACUGGGCUUGUUGGCUAGUGACUGUGAGAUCCACCAUGGUCCAGACGAUUUCACGGUAGGCCGCGAAUGCGGUUAGAGAGCAGUUCGCCCAGACUUGGCUUUUCUCAGCAGUUAUAAGUGGAACGAACUGUAGUGUCUCCUCCGAACUGUUUGUAAGGAAGAAGUUGAACCCAUACGGGGUUGUCUGGGCGGCUCACAACUGGUGGGUCAGCGUAGGAUUCUGAGAAUUACCCACUCAGAAUGCCGGGGGCGUCCUCACGAGACUCUGUCUCCCAGGGCGCCCUUCGAGUCACCUGAUAAGGAAAGUCUCCCACAAUGCCCCGCGGGCAGUCUGAGGAGGGACUCCAUUUCCUAGAAUGCUUUGCGGGUGCCUUGACAGCCGUCGCAGAUUCCCAGAAUGCCCCACGAGUAGCCUGAUUAGGACUCUGUUUCCCAGAGUGCCUCGCGGGCGGUCUGGCGGUGCCUGUGGCAACAAACCAACUGUCCAGAACUGGACGCUCCUGCCUCUGCUCGGCCCGGUGAGCGGCGACAGGAUGGACAGCCCUGAGGUCACCUUCACGUUAGCCUACCUGGUCUUCGCAGUGUGCUUCGUGUUCACGCCCAACGAGUUCUACUCGGCCGGCCUCACAGUGCAGAAUCUGUUGUCGGGUUGGCUGGGCAGCGAGGACGCCGCCUUCGUGCCUUACCACCUUCGUCGCACUUCCGCCACACUACUGUGUCACUCACUGCUGCCGUUAGGCUACUACAUGGGCAUGUGCUUUGCAGCCUCAGAAAAGCAGCUCUUCUCCCCUGCUCAGGCCCCAGAAGCCUGGCAGCUCUUCCUUCUCCUGGCUGUGACCCUUCCCCUUGUCUCCUGUUCCCUGAUCUACUAUUGGUCCUGGGAUAGGUGGACCCGACACCCACUGGCCCAAACACUGGCCCUCUAUGCCCUUCCACAGUCUGGAUGGCAGGCGGUUGCCUCUUCUAUCAACACAGAGUUCCGACGGAUUGACAAGUUUGCUACGGGGGCACCUGGUGCCAGAGUGAUUGUGACAGACACAUGGGUAAUGAAGGUGACCACAUACCGUGUGCAUGUGGCUCAGCAACAGGAUGUUCACUUGACUGUGACAGAGUCUCGGCAGCACGAUCUCUCACCAGACUCAAACCUGCCUGUGCAGCUUCUUACCAUCCGUGUGGCAAGCACCAGCCCUGGUACGCAGCCCUUUGAUAUCCGGCUGAACUCAUCGGAAUAUGGUGAACUAUGUGAGAAGCUCCAUGCUCCAAUCCGAAGUGCAGCCAAUGUGGUCAUCCGCCAGAGUCUUGGUGACCUCUUCCUGGAAACAUUUGCUUCCCUUGUGGAGGUCAACCCAGCCUAUUCAGUACCCAGCAACCAGGAGCUCGAGGCUUGUAUAGGCUGCAUGCAAACACGUGCCAGUGUGAAGCUGGUGAAGACCUGCCAGGAGCCGACGGUGGGCGAGUGCCAGCAGUGUUACUGCCGACCCAUGUGGUGUCUCACCUGCAUGGGCAAGUGGUUUGCCAGCCGCCAGGAUCCCCAGCGCCCUGACACCUGGCUAGCUAGCCGUGUGCCCUGCCCCACUUGCCGUGCCCGCUUCUGCAUCCUGGAUGUGUGUUGUGUACGCUGAGUGUCACAGUGUGCUCUGUGUCUCCACUAGCCACUCAUGGGAGGAGGCUAAAGGUCCUUGAUUUUGGCAAAAGGUUCUAGUUAAAGCACACACUUAAUCUAUAGCCACUCUCUACCUUGAGUCUAUGGUCAGGUAGAGUUUUAGAAGAAAUUCUUAUGGAAUGCCCUAUCCCUGGACCUUCUGCAUCUUCUCUUCCUGGUUACCUCCAGGUGGGGCUGAUGUGCCACAUAAGAUACUCCAAAGCCCCAAGACAAUGGAAUUUGGCCCAAGAGCCUUUGUUUGGCCUAUUUGCCUUAAUUCUAUUACAGAACAUACCUUUACCUCAGUUACAAACCAGACCUACGUCUGUCCCAGGCCCUAUGGUGUUGGGUAGAUACUGACAGCUGAGAGGGUCAUCAGUGUGCCAUUCAGUGUGUAGUCCUCUUCUAGGGUAUCCUGGUGGUCAUAAUUAGCCAAGGGACCACUUCUCGAUGGGAAGGCAUGGGCAGCAACUUAGGACCAGGACAGAGUGCUCUCCCAGGUUACUCCCGAGGGUUGCAUAUGCUUUAGAGGGUCCACAAUGUUUUCGGUCUUGCUUUUCUAGUCCAGGGGUGGCCAAGAUGUCACACUCCUAACCCUAGGGAAGGGUUUUAGGGAGUCAAGGACCAGAGAGCCACAACACUAUCCAGAAAUAAACCCACCAGGAAUACAGUAUAGGGUUAGCCAAUGCCCCUGUGGGGUACUUGGAUCAGGAGAGGAUACCUCAGUGAUUAAGGUUCUGAUGGAUGUACUUAUACAUAGAAGUACUCACUCAUUUAUGGUACUGACGGGUGGGGAAGAGACUGCUCUUUACCCUCCAUCUCUGACACAAGUGUAGCUGCUGGAGGGGGGACCUCUCCUUCAACUUGUGGUCUUGAAGCACCUGUGUUUAGUUGUUGAAAGCAGUAGUGACAGUCCAAGCUAGCCCCUUAUCCAGCCAACACUACACCUAACCCCAGGGAUUUGCUCCCAGAGCAAACUCAGUUCUGCCUGUCCCUAAAGUGUGACCAGGAGUCAACCAGUUUUGAGGGCUGUCUGCCUAUCAGAGGCUAAGUGGUUUGAAGUUAUUUUAUUUUUUAACCACAGAAGAGUUAAUUUUAUACAGAUAAAUGUAAAUGUAGCUAAAUGCCACAGUAUUUAAUAAAGUGUUGCUUUUCAAGUGAUGUACA